AUGAGGAAGUUCUUAUGGGGUGGAACCGAUCAAAGUUCAAAGAUUGCUUGGGUAAAAUGGGAUUCGGUUUGUAGACCACACGAGGAGGGUGGUUUAGGGGUCAAGGAUUGGGACGCUUUCAAUUUAGUACUUUUGGGAAAAUGGAGAUGGAAGUUCUUGAGGAGAGACAAUGAUCUUUGCAGCAAAAUCAUUUGGGCGUGCUAUGGAAAUAGAGAAAAGGGAGGAGGACUGAAUUCUUUGAACAAGGACUCAAUUUGGUGGCGUGAUUUGUUCAAAGUAUGCUAUAAUCCUUGUUCAAACGAGUGCUGGUUUGAUACAGGUUUGAAGCAAACAAUUGGUUGUGGAAACACUGUGCAUUUUUGGAAAGAGAAGUGGUGUGGGAAUGAACUCUUGAAAACUAGCUUCAGCAAACUCUUUCACCUUUCUAUUCAGAAAAAAUAG